AUGUGGCGUGAGCCGCUUUUGUGUUUGGCCAUUGUCGGUUAUCAUACUCGAUCAUUAGAAACGGAACAAUCUUCUAUUGCCAAACGCACUCAGCUUCAGUUGGAUAGUUCUUCUGAAGAAGCGGCAUGGGAGAAAGCAUUCGAAGACGCAUACAACAGCCUAUCUGACAAAGACAAGCAAGAAAUUAACGAUGCAAUCGAUGGACUUAUUAAAGAAUAUCUGACCGUUGCGACAAACAAACGUCGUCUAUUCGAGGCCAAGCGUAACAACUUAAGACGUAUUGAAGAUAGUGAUAGUGAAAAUGCUAUUAAUAACAAUAGACGAAGUCAAAGUGAUUUCGAAGAUGAUGAUAAUUACAGUGCUAACAACAGACGUCGUCUAUUCGCUGAAGCAAGGCGUCUUGCCCAAUAA